CCCAGGCGAGGUGAGAGAAUACAAUAAGGAUGACUGAAGGCCUAUGUUCUUCAAUCACAGAUGAAGGCUUGUUUCUUCUUUUUGGUUCUUCACAAAUCAGCUAGCAUUACGCCACCUACGCACGUCAUCUGAAGGUCUAGUAGACAUGGCGGCGGCAAACGUCCUCGUUAGAAACCUCAACGCGAUACAAGAGACUCAGCAACAGGCCUCCGUCAGCACCAUCGACCAUGCCCUCGAUGGCCAAUCCCGAUUUGGAGAGAUAGUUGCCAUUCUGGCUGUCGGAUCAGUUCUGUCGACUGCGGCGGUUAGUCUCAGGGUUUACACUAGGGUCAAGAUGCUGCGAACGUUUGGGCUGGACGACUCGGUGAUGGUGGUUGCCCAGAUGUUUCUCAUUGGUUCAGCUGUUGCCAUCGGUCUCGAAAGCAAAUGGGGUCUUGGAUUUCACUCUUGGGUUCCUCCUCCAGAGGACUACGUUCCUUACAUGAAGUCCUUCUAUACUUCGAUCAUCGUGUACAACAUCGCGACCUGCCUCGUUAAGGUCUCUAUCUUAUUACAAUACCGCCGUAUCUUCGCCAUCGACAUUAUGCAGAAGUUGACGCUGUGGGGUCUUGCUUUCAUGAUCUCGUGGACCGCCAUGCUAUCCUUCCUUCUCCCUAUGAUGUGUCUCCCCGUAGCCGCUUUCUGGGAUUCGACCAUCGAAGGCCGCUGCAUCGACUUCCUUGCCAUCUGGUACACCAUGGCCGGAGUCAACCUCGUAGCCGACUUUGCCAUUUUCAGCAUGCCGAUUCCGGUCAUCAACUCGCUGCAACUCCCUCGCAAGCAGAAGCGAAUGUUACUCGUUGUGUUCUGUCUCGGAUUCUUUACAUGCAUCAUCUCUGCACUCAGAAUCCGAACUCUCCGCGUUGCUGCAGAUACCAAAGACCCUUACUGGGAUAACGUGGACGCCGCCACAUGGUCUUUCCUCGAGGUCGCUAUCGGUAUUCUGGCGGCAUGCCUUCCUACCCUCCGACCGAUCUUCGUUACUCUGCUGCCACGCCUCUUCAACGCGUCUUCACUGCAGUUCAGGAGCAGUGGCAGGCCAUCGAAAUACGGCAAUCCUUAUGCUCAAGCAAGCGAAGGCAACAACAGGGCUAGUUUCAUGCACGGGCUGGGAUUCCAUCGACCUAUGAGCAGCACAGACGGAUUGAAUCGCCAAGACGGAGUUGAGUUAUCUGGCCAAGAGACCGAGACGUCGGCUGAGUACACCGUCAGCGUUAGCACAGGAGCACCCGAAAGCCUCGACAAAAUGUCCCGAGUGAAGAGCAAGAGGGACAGUGUGAUGGAUGGGCAGCACGUCCGCGGACACAUUCGGACUACGACUGUGGUGACUCAGGAGGUUACGUUUGAGAAGCCUUCUAGUGCCAAGUCGAACCCCGACCAGGAUUGAGAGGAUGAGUUGUUUCUUUUGUGAAGGUUUAUCUUAGUCAUACUGAUGAGAGGAUGAUGUGUUAUUUUUCUUGUGUCUUAUUUUGGUUCAUGUUAUACCCCAUUUUUACCUCUGCUCAUUGUCAUUCGUUUCUUUUGUUAGUCAGAGGUCUUGUCCAAAUAUUUACCUCCUGCGCGGGUUCAAGCGUAGUUUUGCAAAUCUAAUUCUAUUUGU